GGUCAUUCAUUUGUUCCGAUUGUUAGUUCUGAAUUAAAGGCGAAACCGACAACAUGUCGAUCAAAAGUGCAAUUUUCAUUUCAACCGCUUUGUUCUGUAGCCAUAUUUUGGCCGAGGAUUCCGGUGACUCGACGCGAAAAGGCAAAUUCUUAGAUAUAACCGGGUAUUUAUCAGGAUUUACGGACUUUCACGCGGUUCCAUUUUGGAAGCACUGGAAUGCAUUGCUUCAAGUAAAUGUGCAGAAAAACAAGCAUAAACACAAUGGCGUUUACAUUCUUCCGUCGUCAUAUUUCUAUUCACCAUACGAUAAUCCUUAUGCAUAUUACUAUCCGCCCAAUUAUCCUAUCGGAGGAGGAUUAAUUCAUCCAAACAGUCUUCAACGACCAAUGCCACUACUCUUCGAUGAAUACAAACAGCCAACUACGACUCUGGCUCCGCUUCGGCCGAAUCCCAUCGAUAAGCCCAAGUUUGACAUUGACACGAACGAUUUGUUGGAUGGUUCAUUGAAGAAAAGCGAUAAACAUGUAGGUUUUUUAAAUUCAAAUGUCCGCGACGAUCGCAAAACACACAAACGCGACAUCGUCCAUAAAACGAAAACUGAUGAUGAGGUCGUUGCUACAGUUAUGGAAAUCACCGAGGACACGACAACAGCAACAACAAUCAGCCCAACAAGUGAACCUGUUAUUGAUACAACAACAGAGCCAAGUGAACCACCGACAACGGAAAAGACAGCAGAAAAUAUUGAAGCGACAACACCGUCGAUCCCAUCAUCAACAACCGAAAUGCUCGUCACAUCCGUUGUUGAUCCCGGAUUUCAACCAAUAGGAUUCUAUUACGGUGGCACACCAAAUGACAAUGCCAACUAUAUUUACUUUACCACACCUCAACCAUUCCAGGAAAUUGAAUUACCUACAGAAAGUCCCAACGCGAUCAACGAACGAUACGACUGGGGUAAAUUUCGACCAAGCGUUCAAUAUGAAUAUCGAAAUUAUCGCUUCAUCCCAGACAAUCACUUUGUUCCAGUCAUUGGCACAAAGCAAAUUGUGCGAUAGUUAAAACUUGAGUUUUUAAAAUUCGAACAAAAUAUUAGAUAUUACUUUUUUCCAAAUGUUUCAUCCAUUUUAAUAAAAAUGACAGUUUUGACCCUAAACAAGUUACUCUAUUCGAAUGAAUUUUGAGAAAUUAAUACAA